AUGCUCUUUGCCAUAAAGGAGAUUAAUAACAGCACAGACCUACUGCCUGGUAUCUCUUUGGGCUACACAAUUUAUGAUGCCUGUACAUCCAUUGCCAGAAGUGUGAAGGUGGCACUGGCCUUGGCUAAUGGUAAUGAGAUAUUAUCUGCACUCUCCGAGGCACCGUGUACCAGACAAGUGCAGGCCAUUUUGGGAGAAACAUCUUCCUCUCCUUGCAUGGCUGUAGCUACUGUCAUCGGACCCUUUCAUAUCCCAAUGAUCAGCCACUUUGCUACUUGUGCUUGUCUGAGUGAUAAAACUAAGUACCCAUCCUUCCUCAGAACAAUACCCAGUGACUAUUACCAGAGUAGAGCCCUGGCCCAGUUGAUCAAGCACUUUGGUUGGACUUGGGUUGGAGCUAUUAGAACAAAUGAUGGUUACGGUAAUUAUGGCAUGGCCAUAUUUACAGAAACCGCCCAGCAUCUGGGCAUCUGUUUAGAGUACUCUGUAGCUUUCUUUAGAACAGAUCCACCAGACAAAAUACAAAAGAUUAUUGACAUUAUCAAGGCUUCAACUUCCAAGGUGAUUGUCACUUUCCUCUCCCCCACUGAUGUUAUUGCGUUAGUACAACAGUUGUUUCUCCACAACCUGACUGGGUACCAGUGGGUAGGCACUGAGGCCUGGAUCUCUGAUUCCCAAACUGCAGCUAUGGAUAGGCAUCACAUUCUGGAUGGUGCCAUAGGUCUGUCCAUCCCCAAAGCACGUGUCAGUGGAAUGAGAGAGUUCAUUUUGGAUGUGAAGCCGCUCAAUUCAUCUAGCAAUGAAAUGUUUCCAGAGUUUUGGGAGACAGUGUUUAGCUGCAAGUUCAAAAAGUCAACGUCUUCAGCAGGGAAUCAAAGAGAAUGUACUGGCAAUGAAGAUUUAACUGAAGUGCAAAACAGCUUCACUGAUAUGUCGCUCAUGCCUAUCUUUUACAAUGUCUAUAAAGGAGUGUAUGCUGUCGCCCAUGCACUUCAUAAUAUUCUCAGCUGUAACAAAACCUGUAACAACAAGGUGCAACUAGAUCCAUUUACGGUGAGUUGAAAACCAAAGACUCAUAUUCUUAUCUUCAGUCUUGUUGUAUUUGUGUAUGAAUAAUUAGUUUUUGGAAAUCUCAUUAUCUAGGAAAGAUUU